AUGUACCCUAGCUGUGCCAAGGGUAUCAGGGAGCUUUUGCAGCUUGUUGCUUCAUCCUACCCACCAGCAGAUACAGAGGAUGGCAAGCAUGCAAAGCAACAGCUGGUCACUCCAUAUUCCUUCUACUGUGGACUGUUAAACAUCACCCCUGGCUCUUGCAAAUCAGCCCAACAAUUCCAACUCUCUGCUCUAUAUGAUUAUGGAGAUGGUGGAGAUGGGGCUCAACACCAAUUGGGCAAGACUCAGGGCUGGGACUGCCAAGACUUGUACAAUGAGCUGGAAACAGGGCCUAAAAGCACCAUUCUGAAGGCACAACUUCAAGAUGCCUUCUUCAAUCUUGUGGCCCUCAAAUCCACUGGGCAGCACAGCCCAAAGUACAACCUACUCAAAGGGGUUCCUGCCCACCUGGUUACAAUCCCUGAGAUACAAACAAAUGCAGUGGUUCAGUGCUCUGUUAUCGAUAUGAGGGCCAUGAAAUGCUUUAGCAGUUCCCCCAAUAAGGAAACUGGUAAACAUAUCAUGUGA